GUAAAUGUGAUUGUGCAAUAUAUCUAUUGUUAGAAUAAGCGAGUGAUAAAAUCCUUUAUUAAAAAUUCAAAUAUCGAAUAUUAAAAUAUGAUACUGAGUUACAAAUUUCGUGAUGAAUGGCCUGUCAAAGUUUCUUAAAUACAAAUAGUUAUAGGAUACGUUGAAAUGGCUUCACUAACACUCGGACAAAAAUCCCAAAGUGCUAAAUGUGACUGAUCUUUAUCGAUAAUUCAAGGAACAAAGGUAGAUGUACUCAUGAUCUUACUAAUCAGUUUCAUUUUUUUCUCGUAAUCUAUGUGGCGGGAGAAUUACUAGCUAUUGCGCGCGCACCUAUCCAAUUUUUUCCCGCCAACUUACGCGCUAUAUAUGACGUCACACGUAGUAGGUCGUGGCACUCAGCUGACGGCUGCAUUCGGCAAUCGAGAAACCGUGACGACCCGGCUGAGUUCAGUCUAGUUUUUCAAAGAUGACACCGACGAUAACAGCGUUGCGGGUCGAAACUCUGGAGCAAAUGUCAAAAAAUGACACAAUAAAACUCCGGGAACGUCACAUUGGACAAUCGUGCAAACUUUUCUACAAAUCCAAUCCUCUCAAAAUAGUUCGCGCUAAUGCGCAGUAUAUGUACGAUGAGAGGGGUGAGCGGUAUCUCGACUGCAUCAACAACGUAGCACAUGUUGGCCAUUGCCAUCCGGAUGUCGUCAGAGCUGGACAGGAACAAAUGGCCUUGUUGUACACCAACAAUCGAUUUUUACACGACAAUCUAGUCAUUUGUGCUCGGAAACUGACUUCUUUGUUGCCAGAGCCCCUGUCCGUGUGCUACCUCGUCAAUUCUGGAAGUGAGGCAAAUGAUCUUGCUUUGCGUCUUGCUGAAGCUCACACUGGAAAUCAAGAUACCAUCGUUCUGGAUCAUGCUUACCAUGGACAUCUGAGCUCACUUAUCGACAUAUCGCCUUACAAGUUUAAUCAGCUGAAAAAUGGCAAGAAGGACUGGGUGCACGUGGCACCUUGUCCAGACGUCUACCGGGGAAAAUAUCGUGAUUCAGACUAUCCGAAUGAGGAUCUUGGUGAGAAGUACGCUGAGGACGUGAAGAGGAUUUGCGAUGAUGUCAGAUCACAGGGGAAGAAAAUUCGUGCUUUCAUCUCCGAGAGUCUCAUGUCCGUUGGUGGACAGAUUCUACCGCCUGAGAGUUAUUAUAGGAAUGUUUAUAGACACGUACGUGAAGCUGGGGGAGUAUGCAUUGCGGAUGAGGUGCAGGUGGGAUUCGGAAGAGUCGGUAGUCACAUGUGGGCCUUUCAACUUUACGGUGAGGAUGUAAUCCCGGACAUUGUAACCAUCGGUAAGCCAAUGGGCAAUGGCCAUCCAGUUGCCGCUGUCAUAACAACGCAAGCAAUAGCCGACAGUUUUAAACAGACAGGACUUGAAUAUUUCAACACCUACGGAGGCAAUCCCGUAUCGUGUGCAAUUGCAAAUGCCGUUAUGGAGGUCAUUGAGCGUCAAGGACUACGGGAGAAUGCAGCCAAGGUGGGCCAACAUUUGUUAAAGGAACUUUUGAAAUUGAAGCAGAGAAGGAGAAUAAUCGGAGAUGUCAGGGGAGUUGGCCUCUUCGUGGGAAUUGAGUUAGUCAGGGAUAGAAAGAUUAGGACACCGGCCAUUGCUGAGACCAAGCACGUAGUGUCCAGGAUGAGAGAUGAAAAGAUCUUGAUCAGUUCUGACGGACCGGACAAUAAUAUUCUCAAGCUCAAGCCACCAAUGGUCUUCACAAACGAAAAUGUUGAUCACUUCGUGUCAGUGUUGGAUGAAGUUUUGCAGGAGGUGGAAGUUGACACAGAAGAGAUUCCGGACACAAUAUUGAAGGCCGUCAUCACAACAGUGGACAUCGAUGCAUCUGAGAAAGCAAAGGAAGCAACUCCAGUGGCGAUUCGAGCGAACUGAGGAAAUUAACCCUUCGAAUACGAUGGAACUAAUUUAUUCAUCAAUCCAAUCUAUAUAGCUCAAUGAUCAAUAAGUUGGGCAAUUUCCUUUUCCCUGUAUAUUUGCAAAUUAUGAAACAUUUACUCUUCAAUAUCAAAUUGCGAGAAUUGUAUAAAGCCAGAUUGAAUGAUUAUUGUUGAUGGGUUAUAUGUAACUAAAAUUCUAUUAUUAUUCAUAAGUGAAGAUCUGUGAAUCUAUAAAUAUUAUUGUAGUUAUUAAUUAUCACUGGACUGAGAUGAAACUUUAAACCAAAAUCAUUGAUUGAAUAAAAUGAUAAAAUUUCUCUCUACAAUAA